AUGUCAUCCAUCCCUACCACCCCGACCACCACCAUGACAGAUGACAAGACAAAGGUUAUCGGUGGGAAGAACAACUUCUGGCUCUGGUCCCAAGAGUUAGGUUUUGAUCUCACUCACCCAGACGAACCUUCAUCUCCGCCUGUCUAUCCACGAAUCUCACUCACAACCAGCACCGAACAGGUUACCAUCGAUCCAGCCAAGACAGCUCUCGUCGUGGUGGACAUGCAAAACUACUUCCUGUCCCCUCUUCUGGGUCGCCCCUACGAUGGCCCAGGCCAAAUGAUGGCAAUAAGACUUGAGGAACAAAUCAUCCCAGCCUGUCGAAGGGCUGAUAUUCCCAUCCUGUGGGUCGGCUGGGGCUUGGAUGAGGCGGGCCUCGGCGACAUACCCCCGGCCAUGGCUCUAUUGUUCUCUUUUGACAAUAACAUUGACGACAAUCCUAACGAACCGAAAUACCUCGGAGAGCUCGGUGAAGACAUUGGAUCGCCGAAGCUCAUCAUCAGUGACUGCGAUCACACAUCGAUCGAGGCCGGAAAGGUCAUGAUGCGCGACCAAUGGAACACGGCUCUCUACCCGAUACUAGCAAGAAUGUCCCUGGAAAAGGACAAGGCCAUCACCAAGAAGCGGCCAUCCGGGUUCUGGGGAGGCACCGGCAUCGAGGAGCACCUGGCCGUCCUGGCCAUCACGACGCUGCUGUUUGCGGGAGUCAACACCCACCGAGGCCUCGAGGAGUCUAUCCGAGAUGCCAGCAACAAGGGCUGGGACUGUCUCUUGCUGAGCGACGAGGAAGAUACCGGUGAGGGGCUUGAGAAGAGAUGUGGACGUGACUGGGGGUUUGUUUUGACGCCUGGGGAGUUCGUUAGUGGCGUCCACUCCAUGCAGACUGAACCAGAGCUUGACGAUCCCUUUAUCGAUCAUGCUUUGACGUAUCAGGGGGCCCAUGUCGAGGCAUGA